AUGGCACUAGAUUGUGUACCGCCACAACUCAUUGCCAUGAUCAAAGCCUAUUAUCGUUCCACUACUGCGCGAGUCCUGAUCUCCAACAGUCUUUCCCAACAGUUUGGUCAGAGUUGUAUCCUGUCGCCCAUCAUGUUUAACUACGCUAUUGACCAGAUUCUCGGGAAGGCCCUACACGAAGGUGACGGUGUUGAGUUUGCACCCGGACACCGACUGACUGAUCUCGACUAUGCCGAUACUAUUGCCUUACUUGCCUCAAGUGUCGGUGCUCUGCAGUCUAUGUUUUCACGGGUAAACGAGGUCGCUCAAUCAGUUGAUUUAUCCAUAAACGUUGGAAAGCUUAACGUGUUUUCAUGCUGCAUACCUGACCAGGAGAAGGCACCUCUGGGGACUGAUCCGGUCAACUCGAAGAAAUAGGCAGUUUGAAAAACCUCGGAGCGAAGCCGCUGCUGGAUGGACAGUGUGAGGACGACCAGUUCUGACAUAUUAUCUCCAAUAAGGAAACGCUGUUUUGCGACCAACCAGAAGGGCGCUUACUUAGUCAACAGCGUCUCGUGUGCCGUCAUUCGUCUUUUCACGCCUUCCGGGGUUGUCGUUGACCACAGGCUGUAGGCAACCGGCUUACACCAAUAAAUGAGGCCGAUGGGGCCGCCCUUGGUGGGAAAAAUAACUGAGUUCUAAUCAAACGCCAGUGAUCCUAUGCAUAACGCGGAUUUGGAGAAAGUUAUCGGAUAAUGUCUGAUUUUCCUCAAAGGGUGACCGCAGAUUUAAACAUUGCUUUCACGUUGAAAUCUAUUUUCUAAAGACUUUUACAUAAUAUGUUUAAGCGACGGGCAACGUCAGGGUUAUGAUUGGCUGAAUGAAAGCACAAUAAGCCCGAAACAGUACUGUAUCAAUCUACCCGCGUUCUGUGUCGUCUCUUCUCGCUGUUAUUAAGACAUAUAACUGUAAAAAAAUAUUCGAGUGCUUUUAUGUCCACUCUUUCACACUGGUGCUGGGUUUCAAAUGAUAAGCUUAGAAUUUGCCUUCCUUCUGAGAGCAACGAGUGAUUGCACGAGGUUUCACGUUGGGAAAAGUAAAACGAGAGCUUAGUUAUGAUUUUCAGAGACGAUAGUUGCUGAAAACUUGAAUAUAGCUUUCAAGAAUAAUUGACUAUUGGUUACUACAUCAAGAAUGCUCCCGAACUGACUCUUUGUAGAAUAUUAUCUUCUUCAGAGGCUACGUAUGUCGAAUAAUUUGAAAAAUACCAGCAUGAUUUGAUAACGAAGGGAACAAAUGACCAUUUGAAAGGUACUGAAAUAAAACUGUGAGCAUGAUUUGCCUUUAACGAUGAGGCUUUGCAGGAUGAAGUAGGAGACAGUAGAGUACUCUCGCUGGUUGGUAAAUCGACAAUAACCGUGGGCAAUGGAGAAAAAUUAUCGUAAAAUACAUACUGAUCUUUAAAACUUUCACAGGAAAAUUUUUCGAUGUAUGUAUCGGUAGAAUGUAACAGGACUGAGUCCAUGUAGGGUGAAAUAUUAUGGCAGUAUAUUUUCGCCUGCUGAUAAGACAACAAUACACGACGGUAAAGCAAGUGACUAGUGCACAACAAUUGAAGUUUUAUCGAAAUUGAAACUGACAAACUACGGAAGAGGUUAAGAAAUCUAAUUAAAGGUUAAAAAAUCACUCAUCUUUAAGAAUCGAGCUGCGCACGUCACCCUUGACCUGCCAGUGGAUGCGCUCCCCGAAGAGGAAGAUGAGAGACAUGUCGAUUCGGAUUUCUACAUGUCUAGUAAUAUGUCAUGGAGAAGAGUGGGUAGGGGAUACACAUGGUCACUCGUCACCGGCAAAGCAACCGCUGCAUUUCUCAUUCUUCUUCUUCCCCCUCGACAGUCCCAUCGACAUCCCCUGCGUCAUCGUGGCCAUCAAGUCGAACGUCACCGUCGUAAUCACUCGCACAGACGUCUUUGUGGACGAUGCAGAUUCCACCUCUCGGUAUUGUCACAAUAACUUGGAAAGCCUAUUCGGUUUUUUCGGACAAUCCAACAAUGCUUUUUAGGAUAACUGUCAUGCUUUAUUCAUGGGACAACAAUUCUCAUAACGGCGGCUGGUCCUGACCAAACCUCUCUUGCCAAUCAACUUUAAAACCCACAUCCAAUCGUUUCUCGAAUCGUCUGCUUGAAGGCGCUCAUUUUUUUCUGUAGAUAUUGGUUUCCACUUACGUCAACAUUAUAGGCAGACUGAGAGGACAGAUGUGCGGGUAACAAUCGGGAGAUGGCACCCAAAAAAUACGCCCAACCAAAGCAGCCUGUAUUACGGGACUGGUGGUAAUUGGGUUUUUAUGGAUUGGGCCUUCGAAUGCGUGGAUACAUGUCAAUAAUAGAAAGAUUUAUUUCGGAAAUUGCUUUUCGAACGAUGAAGUUUUACUUCAUCGCUGUAUAGCAACAAAAAAUGGGCGCGGUGAAUGAAAAGUAAACAGAUAGAAGUGCUGUAGGCGUAAACCAUUUUAUGAAACCCGCGAGGCAUUUGAGCACCUGUGAUCGGACGCAGCGAUCGUUUCUCUACACUCCUAAGGUAUGCAUGGUUAGAUUUAGCCGCAACCCCACUACUGCUGUCACUCGUCAGUCGUGUAAACCUUGGUCAAGUUUGAUUAACCAUGACUCGGUCUACAGCGAUCGCAUCUCAACUGUUGGAGACUAUGAUAAUCAAAAUGAGGCAGCAUAUGGACUGCAGGUCGGAUGAAACUGAUGUCGGAUGAAACAACAAAUACGUAGGGCCAUAACCUCCUCAAAUAGAUAUAGUAGGUAUUAAUCCUAGGCAACGGAUAUUUGGGUGCCAUCUCCCGAUUGUUACCGAUGUACAUGUUACAGCACCGUGAAAAUUCCUCAUUUGAUGGUGAGCUGCGCUGCAUGGUCGAUACGCAAUAAAAUGAUGUGUUUUGAGCGAGUUCAGCAGUAAAGGCUGCAUAUCUCAGGCCUACGCCACGUAACCCUGCAAGGCGACAACUGCUGCUAUGCAUAUGUCCGCAGUUUAGUUUCGGCCUGUUAGCCUGUUCGAGAAGUUGUCUAUAACACAAGGGAGCUGAAUGAUGCUGACGACGCAGUAUGGCGCACUUGGGCUUACUACUUAAAUAUCUGGUUAACCACUGCAAAGCAUCUCGCGCGACCAUUACGUCUUAAGACCAGGACACACAGUAAGUACCUGUGUGAAUUUCAGACUUGACACUGCCAUUCGAAACUUGGUGCACUUUAAGGCCAUUCCGUUGAUGAAACCAACGUCAGUAGGAGACAGGGCGUGUUUAGUUUUACGAUAAACACGCCAGUACGUCGAAAAAAACACUGAUCAGUGGCGAACGUGUUUUCUAGUGUUAGCCUUUGAUUUAUGUCAGAUUCCGACCAAGAACUCUUAACAUACUGGAGCAAAUUGGACAACCAUUAAAAGGCCUAGAUCUGCCAGUGUAACGCAGACAGAAUAAAUUAAGGCAGUUCAGUCUUUCCAUGUAAGAUUGGUUCCUUAAACCCUUUAACAGCAUUGCUGACCUGCCUUGUACUCUUUCAAGGCAUGCUUGGUCCUUUGCUGGCCAUGGUCAACACGCUUGAUCGCCAUAAUCUAGGUGGGAAUAAACAAACGUACUGUAAACCAUCCCUAGAAUCUUCUUAGUCAAAGGUCACAAACGUCCUUCUGAUCACAUGGAGAAAUCUCAUGACCAUGCUUGCAGUCUUAGUGCACUGUAGCGCUGGUUUCAUGUUGCUCUGGGUCCAUACACGGAGAUCGUUCUGCAAAGAUUCGGCGGGAAGAGCAUUGUCCUCCAGGAGAUAUGCCCUCAUGCUCUCAUUUGAAUGAAAGUUAAUUGGACGCAGAGGAAGGACGGCACACUUCUGCAAACUGAAAUCCCGAAGCUAUUUCUCGGACCACGUUUGCAGUCAGCGAGGAUUAUUUUGAAGGGCCUUCUGGUCAUUCGGGUCCUAAAUUACUUUCCAGAGGUGAAUGUCUUCAACAAAGAUUGCUUCACUGCAGUUGAGGUCUUGAAGGCUGUCAUUGACAUAAACGAUAAAGAGUAUGCGUUCGAGAACUGAGCCUUGAUGGAACAUCAGUUCACCAGGCCUGACAUAUCAUUUCCGAUACGGACACGCUGUUUUGCGCCCAAACAUAAUCUCGCUUUUCCGGCCAAGAACGCCCCGUAUGCCGACAGCCGCCUUUUCACGCCUUCGGGGGUUGUCGUUGACCACAGACGGUAGGCAACCGGCUUACACCAAGACAUGAGGCCGAUGCGCCGCUUUUGGUGAGUAAAAUAAUUGAGUUCUGGUCAAUCAUCACCGAUCCUAAACAUAAUGCGGAUUUGGAGAAAGUUAUCUGAUAAUGUCUGAUUAUCCUCAAAGGUUGACCGCGAUUCAACCAUUGCUUUCACCUUGAAAUUUAUUCUCUAAAGACUUUUGCAAAAUCUGUUUAAAUAACGGGCACGUAUGAAUGUUAGCUUAUAAAAAAAUGCAUCGGGAAAAACAUGCAAUCAUUUUUUUCACCCAGACACACUCGCCAUUCAAGUAUAGUCGUCAGAUUUAGACGCAUGUUCCCAUCGAGCAAGUUCGAAGGGAACUUCAAAGGACCACAUUUGUUAAAAGACCCCACAACACUUUCCGAAUUAACACCAGCUAAAUUCCUCCAAAAAGAACGUUUUGACUGCUAAAAAUUUUAGCAUGGCUAGUAUUCAUGGAGAAGUAGAUAUAAGUUUUGUUUAAAUGUUUUACGCCCUUCAGGUUAAAUGGAUGAAAUCCAGGUAAAAGUGUAACUUUAAAAGUAAGUUAUUCUGUUGAGCAAUGGUGGAGAAAAUACACUUGGAUAUGGUCCUAAACGGCCAUGCGCAAUCCCUAAAUUGAAAUAUCUCCUGUCAGUUACUAUCCAAGUAAUUCAUGUGAUCUGGCACACGGCUAAAUUCAUAUCACAUCAUUUCUGGUAAGAAAGUCUAAGAGAUCAAGACAGUUGUAGAUUAAUCAAUCCUCAUCAAACCUCUCCAUCGUUAUAUCAACAGGGUGGUUGCUUUAAUUAGUGUUUAACAUUAUCCACUAUGGAUGUCUGGACAUUAGUCACUGGAGUGGUCGUAUUCACAAAUUGCCAUAUACAGCAAUUUGCAAUGGCUAAUAGGAUUAAAGUUCGAUGGAGGCUAAGUGAUAUGAUGUCGGUAGAUUUCCGGCAAAAGGCUAGGAGUAUAAGGGGAAUAAGUCAAGUUCGAAAAGUAAAAUUAUAGCUUCAUCACUUCACCACGUCCCAUCUUCUAUAUAGGCAUCGCUGACCUCAGCGAAUUUCGCUGCACCUCUUGAGAUUGAUGGCGGCCAACUCGAAGAAGUGGACAGUUUCAAACACCUCGGGGCGAGGCUGCUACCGAAUGGACAGCUUAAGGACAACAUUGUCUCCCGAGUUGAUAAUGCCGGCUGA